AUGGCCAGCAUUUCUUUUGGGAACAUAAACAGCGGUUUUCAAGUUGGAAUUAACCACGGACAAAUAUACGCCCCCGGUCCUAUAGAGCGACCUCAUACCCCCACCAAGUCCGCUUUCACAGUCCCAUUUCAUCGUGAUGGUGAUUUCGUUGUUAACCAGCAGCUGCUGGACUUAGUUACUGAAAAGCUCUCAGCUUCAGGGUCUUUGAUAGCCCUUGUUGGGUGUGGUGGUGCGGGAAAAUCCCAUUUCGCCAUAGAAUACAUAUACCGAAUUCGUCAUCUGUCACCUACAACCUUGAUAUUUUGGAUCUAUGCGAGUAGCGCAGCUCGAUUGGAUCAAUGCUACCGCGACAUAGCUGACCAGUUUGACAUCCCUCACCGCAAUGAUCCAGACACGAAUAUCUUCCGAAUUGUCCACGAUUGGCUCGAGGUGAACGAAGAGAAAUGGGUCAUGGUGCUUGAUGGUAUGGACUAUGAUUUUGAUUUCUUCGAAAUGUCUACACCGGGAAAUCAAGAGGGUGGGUCGAAAGAUGACAAUGGCCGCCAAUCUAAACCCCAUCGAACUUAUACUCCUCAAAGUGCAAACGGUUCAAUAAUUGUGACCACGAGAAACCUAAAUGUCGCAGAGAAACUUGCUCCUGACGGCAUUAUUGAAAUUGGGCCAAUGGAGGAGUCUCUCGCAAUGACCCUCUUCCAGUGGAAACUGAGGAGACCUGCCAAGGAAGAUGAUAUUAUGUCUCUUGCAAGGCUGCUCGGCUUCCAACCACUUGCAAUUGUACAAGCAGCCGCUUCUAUCAAAUCCAGAUCUCCUCACUCGAGUUCAAGUUUAUCGCAGUUUCAUGAAGAGCUAAAUGCCUGUCUGUCAAAUACGGAUGAUUCGUUAAUUCAUUGUACAAUUCGUGCCACUUCACAGAUUGCCUUCAAUCAUAUAAGGCAGGACAGCUCGACAGCUUGGGACUUACUCUGUUUAAUGAGCUUCCUUGACCCACAGGAGUUCUCUCAAGGCUUACUUCGUAGCCUGAGUAAAAGGCACUCCUUUGUCAGUGGAAAUGUAACACAGGUUUUCUUCAACAACGACCACUUUGACAACGAGAUUGCAACACUGCAAGAUUUUACGCUGAUACAUAUCAGACAAGACACACAAACAAUAGGGAUGAGCAGCUUAGUUCAAAAUGAAGUGAGAAAGUGGGUUGAAGCCCACGAGCAAGCCGAUCAGUGGAAGACACAGUUUAUCAGAAAUCUUCUUCUUGAAUUUCCGAGUGACCUCGAGAGCCAGAGAAAGUCUCGGUCCUUGUUCCCACAUGUGAAGGCUGCAAUGCUCCAACGCCCCAAUCCGCUCCUCGAGGACUCACUUCUGGAGUGGGCUACUCUCAUGCAUGGAGGUGCACGUUAUGCUGGGAAGAUUGGCCAAACUGGAGACAUGGAACACAUGGCUUUAGAAGCGAUGGAGGUGAAGAAACACCUAUUAGGUCCUGAUGACCCAGAAACGAUAGAUGUCUCGAUGACAUUGACAUUGGCAUAUCUGCUGGAGGGUCGAUGGAAAGAGGCAGAGCAUUUGGCAGAGGUGCAAGCCGAGCGGUGCAGCCGAGUGCUUGGCGUGAAGCACCCUACUUCAUUCUCAGCUACUGGCUACUUGGCAUUGUCAAAAUGGUAUCAAGGGCGAUGGCACGAAGCAGAGAUACCGAGUUUGAAGCUCCUUGAGAUAGCCCGGCAUGCCUUUGGCACAGAACACCCAGACACAUUGACCGUCAUGAGUAACCUUGCAGCAACAUAUGAAAGUCAAGGGCGAUGGAAAGAUGCAGAGGAGAUGAACUCUAAAGUGGUUCAGAUAAGCACACGCACGUUAGGCCCGGAGCAUCCAAGCACCUUGACUAGUAUGAACAACCUGGCAGUGAUCUUCCAAAAUCAAGGUCGAUUGGAAGAGGCGGAGAAGAUAAGCCUGGAAGUACUCCAGACACGCAUUCGUGUUCUAGCUGCUGAGCAUCCAAGCACUUUAGCUAGUAUGACAAACCUGGCGUCAGUCUACUACGCCCAGACGCAAUUCACAAAGGCUGAGGAGCUCUACAUCAAAGUCCUUGACAUCUUCAAUAAAGGUCGGGGGUCUGAGCAUCGGGAUACAUUAUUGGCAAUGGAUAAUUUGGCAGCAAUAUAUCGAGAACAGGGACGAUGGGCCGAAGCAGAGGUUCUCCAAACUCAGGUGCUUCAAGGCCGUCAGAGAAUUCUUGAUACUGAUCAUCCCGAUACCCUGAAAAGUAUGGUAAACUUGGCAGAAACCUAUUGGCAUCGAGGCUGGUGGGAAGAUGCCAAAGCCAUCCAGAACAAAGCGAUCGAAAUUCAAAAGAGGGUACUUGGUCCCGACCAUCCAGAUGUGCAUUCGAGUAUGGACUUUCUAGGGUUGAUCUACAGAAGUCAGGGAGAGCUACUGAAGGCUGAAGCAAUCCACCGCCAAGUGAUAGAAUAUCGCCAGACAUUUCAUGGGCCAGAGCAUCCAAGCACGCUGGGUAGCAUGGCGCAGUUGGCUCUGGUUCUUCUUGGCCAAGGCCGGUCUGAAGAGGCCAGAAAGAUACAGACGACUGUACUCGAAAAGCAGACCGAUGUAUAUGGCGCGGAUCAUCAGGCGGUUCUGUCGAGUUUAAAUACCUUGGCUCUCAUUGAUAGAAGUGAGAAAAGAUUGGAAGAUGCUGAGAAGACUUUACGCAAAGUGAUAGACUUUCGUCAAAGGAUCUUCGGGUUGGACCACUCAUAUACGCUGGCUAGUAUGGAGGAUCUGGCAUCUGUGCUAUUCGAAUCGGACCAAUGGAAAGAGGCAGAAGCACUAGCGAGAAAGGUCAACCAGACACGAGAGAAGCUUCUACGAGAGGACCACCCAGAUACACUGAGAGUGGCUAAACUGCUUGAGCAAAUUUCUGAGAUGAAACUCGCCAAAUGGAUAUUCGAUGACGAGGAUGACGGUUCAGGCAUGUCAGACUUUGGGUCUAUCGUUAGCAGCUUCUCUUUAGCAGCAAGUCAAUCUUCUGCUACAACGCUUGAUAACGCCACUGUCUGGUCUGCGGUUAAACUUUUCACGGAUUUACUUUUGGAGAUGGACAGUUUCAAACAGUUAUGCAGGAUUGCGCUUGAGAGCGACAUAUCGAAGGUUCGUAUCCAGAGAAACCUGGGGAAAGUUCUUCGACUUUUUGCAUCUCAUUUGUCUCACGAGGCAAAACUGGCCGAUCAUGCAAAAGUUAUCAGAUUUGUUCGCGGAUCGUCGUCUAGAAUCGCAAGUCAAACUAUACUGAGUCUCGGCAUUGCAAGCACCUCGGGACUCGAGGAAUCUGAUAUUCGACAGGUCGAAGAGGAAAGCUCAAGAGCCAAAAUACUGGAGUAUCUUGGGGGGCAAGACACAACUAAGCCUGCCUUAUUCGAGAACGUCUCCAAAAUGGGUUCAGAGGAAAAAACACCAAAGGAACCGGAGGGCCAUGAGCAGGUCGUUUCCGAUUCUGACUCCGAUUCUGACGCGAAUUCGAUUCAAGAUGCAUUAGAGACACAGCAACCGACAACAGUGAAUGAUCUCCAGAGUAUAGAGACUAUCAUUUUCAAGACGAACGCUUUUGAAAUCAUGCAAACUGAAUUUUUUGAUUUUCUUUUCCCAUCCCUGCGAUCCAUUCUGAUGAAAUGGAUUUCCAAGCAGCGGCGAGCUGGGGCAUUAACGAGCAAGCAGCUACGGGACCUUGAGAUGAUAGUGAGUGAGUUGCAACACGUUGCACAUGACCAAAUAUCCUUCACUCUUCAUGAUCCUGGUUCGAUCAUCAACAGUAUCAAGGGUAAAUGGAAAGGAUUCACAUCAGAAACAUGGGAUUGGUGGCCCUUGAGCCCGUACAUGCGCCCUCUCGCAAAUGAGGAGGUUCGCAUGCAGUGGCGUUGCGUAAGCUUACCUGACUCUCUAAUAUUUCAUCACUAA